AUGUGCUUUCCCUCCAGGGCUGCUUUGCCUCCUUUGUCUUUCCCUCUCACAGAUAUCCCCUUGCUCCCUGGCUCCCCACGCCGGCUGAGCCCCCGGGCAGUGGCCAGAGGGGGCCAGGGCCCCAAACAUGGACAGCAGUACCUCAAGGUGCCGGGUCCUCAAGCCCCCAGCCAGCAGGGCAGUGCUGACAGAGAAUCUGGCCCACCAUCCGGUGGAGGGAGCUCCCGCAGCGGCUCGGUCAUCAACAAUUACCUGGAUGCCAAUGAGCCAGUGUCCUCGGAGGCCCGUCUGAGCCGCAUGCACUUCCACGAUAACCAGAGGAAGGUCGACUAUGUGCUCGCCUACCAUUACCGGAAACGUGGGGUGCAUCCUGGCCUGGGCUCCCCUGGCCCGUCGCUGGCGAUUGUCUCCAAUGGGGAGACAGGCAAGGAACCUCAUGCCGGGGGCCAUGGUGACAUUGAGCUGGGGCCACUCGAUGCCCUGGAGGAGGAGAAGAAGGAGCAACGGGAGGAGUUUGAGCACAACCUGAUGGAGGCUGGGCUGGAGCUUGAGAAGGACUUGGAGAGUAAAAGCCAGGGAUCCAUCUUUGUCCGGAUACACGCCCCGUGGCAGGUGCUGGCCAGAGAGGCGGAGUUCUUGAAGAUCAAAGUCCCCACCAAGAAAAUGUACGAGAUCAAAUCAGAAGGCAGCAUUGCAAAGAAGUUCAAUGAACUUCUGCAGACACUGAGCUCGCCCCUGAAACCCAGAGUUCCGGAGCACAGUAACAACAAGAUGAAAAACCUCUCCUACCCGUUCUCCAGGGAGAAAAUGUACCUGUACAACAUCCAGGACAAGGACACCUUCUUUGAUAAUGCCACCCGUAGCCGCAUUGUGCACGAGAUCCUGAAGCGCACAGCUUGUUCUCGAGCCAACAACACCAUGGGCAUUAACUCUCUGAUAGCAAACAAUAUCUACGAGGCUGCCUACCCUCUUCAUGACGGUGAAUACGACAGCGCAGGGGAUGACACGAAUGACAGAAAGCUGCUGUAUCAAGAAUGGGCACGCUAUGGAGUGUUUUAUAAGUUUCAACCUAUCGACCUCAUCAGAAAGUAUUUUGGAGAAAAAAUUGGACUAUAUUUUGCCUGGCUGGGAUUAUAUACAUCAUUCCUCAUUCCGUCUUCUGUAAUUGGAGUGAUCGUGUUUCUUUACGGAUGUGCAACAAUCGAAGAAGAUAUUCCCAGCAAAGAGAUGUGUGACCAGCAGAAUGCCUUCACCAUGUGUCCCCUGUGUGACAAGUCCUGUGAUUACUGGAACCUCAGCUCAGCCUGUGGUACGGCAAAGGCAAGCCACCUGUUUGACAACCCUGCCACUGUCUUCUUCUCCAUCUUCAUGGCUCUAUGGGCUACCAUGUUUCUUGAAAACUGGAAGAGAUUACAGAUGCGGCUGGGCUACUUCUGGGACCUGACUGGUAUAGAAGAGGAAGAAGAACGUGCCCAGGAACACUCCCGGCCUGAAUAUGAAACCAAAGUUCGAGAGAAAAUGUUGAAGGCGAGUGGCAAGUCGGUUGUCCAGAAAUUGAGUACCAAUAUGCCAGAGAAUGAAGAAGAGGAUGAUGAAGAUAAGCUGACCUGGAAAGAUCGUUUCCCGGGUUACUUGGUGAACUUCGCCUCCAUCUUGUUCAUGAUUGCCCUGACGUUCUCCAUUGUCUUUGGGGUCAUUGUGUAUCGCAUCACGACUGCUGCGGCCCUGUCUCUCAACAAGUCCACACGCUCCAAUGUCCGGGUGACAGUGACAGCAACGGCGGUCAUCAUCAACCUCGUGGUCAUCCUCAUCCUGGACGAGAUCUAUGGCGCUGUGGCCACGUGGCUCACCAAAAUCGAGGUUCCCAAAACAGAACAGACUUUUGAAGAACGCCUGAUACUCAAAGCUUUCUUGCUAAAGUUUGUCAAUGCCUACUCACCCAUCUUCUAUGUGGCCUUUUUCAAGGGGAGGUUCGUGGGCAGACCUGGAAGCUAUGUUUAUGUGUUCGAUGGUUACCGCAUGGAAGAGUGUGCUCCGGGGGGCUGCCUCAUGGAGCUCUGCAUUCAGCUCAGCAUCAUCAUGUUGGGGAAGCAGCUGAUCCAGAACAACAUCUUUGAGAUUGGAGUCCCGAAGCUAAAGAAACUAUUUCGGAAGCUGAAAGAUGAGACAGAACCUGGAGAAACUGACUCUGCCCACUCAAAGCAUCCAGAGCAGUGGGACCUAGACUACAGCUUGGAGCCAUACACUGGACUGACUCCAGAGUACAUGGAGAUGAUCAUCCAGUUUGGCUUUGUCACCCUCUUUGUGGCCUCCUUUCCUCUGGCACCUGUGUUCGCCCUCCUCAACAAUGUCAUUGAAGUACGGCUUGAUGCAAAGAAGUUUGUGACCGAGCUGAGACGGCCAGAUGCCGUGAGAACCAAAGAUAUUGGGAUUUGGUUUGACAUUCUCUCUGGGAUCGGCAAGUUCUCUGUUAUCAGCAAUGCUUUUGUCAUUGCUGUCACCUCCGACUUUAUCCCCCGCCUUGUGUACCAGUACGCCUAUAGUCACAACGGGACCCUGCACGGCUUUGUCAACCACACCCUCUCCUUUUUCAACGUCAGCCAGCUGAAGGAAGGAACGCAGCCAGAAAACUCACAGUUUGACCAAGAGGUUCAAUUCUGCAGGUUUAAGGAUUACCGAGAGCCGCCUUGGGCCCCGAACCCGUAUGAGUUUUCCAAACAGUACUGGGCCAUUCUGUCUGCCCGUCUGGCUUUCGUCAUCAUCUUCCAGAACCUCGUGAUGUUCCUGAGUGUCCUCGUGGACUGGAUGAUUCCCGACAUCCCCACGGACAUCAGCGACCAGAUCAAGAAAGAGAAGGGCUUGUUGGUGGACUUCUUCCUGAAGGAGGAGCAUGAGAAACUCAAGCUGACGGACGAGCCAGCCCAGAGGAGCCUGGGAGGGGGGCGGCGCAGCACGAGCCGGGCGUCCAGCUCUGCACCCUCAGGCCGGAGCCAGCCGGGCAGCAUCGCAUCCUCUGGUUCUCAGCACACAAACGUGUGA